CUAGUGUCCUAACGAGAGCGCGUAGGUGCUGCGUAGACUCCUCCCAAACUGCGGCUAGCUAGGCGCCCUAGUGAGUGCAUGAGCCUGUGAAUUGGAACACAGCCAUAAAUAGGGUUUACAAGAUGGCGGCCGUUGUGUUGGAGUGAUAAUAGCGAAAAACGACACUCGGGUAGUUUUUGUAUUAAAAAAAAAAGCGUACAUGUUGGAUAACGUUAAGCACUUAGUUGUGUUUUUUAGCGCUUUUAAGUGGUCCUGUGUACCUGGUAGGCAUUUGUAGUUAGCCAGUAACAUGUGGUUAUUAAGUGUGAAGUGUGAAAGUAGGGGUUGAGGAAAAAGAGACACAUUUCGGGGAGGAUUUUUGGGGGGUUUGUGAUUCAGAAAUAAAGCAUGUCGGAUACGCGGCGGCGUGUGAAGGUCUACACGCUGAACGAGGAGCGACAAUGGGACGACCAGGGAACCGGACACGUUUCAUCCGCCUAUGUGGAUCGGUUAAACGGCAUAGCGCUGCUGGUGCGGGCCGAGGCGGACGGCUCGCUCUUACUGGAGUCCAAAAUCAACCCGAACACUGCGUAUCAGAAACAGCAAGACACACUUAUUGUUUGGUCCGAGGCGGAAAAUUAUGACCUGGCUCUGAGUUUCCAGGAAAAGGCCGGCUGCGAUGAGAUCUGGGAGAAGAUCUGUCAGGUUCAGGGCAAGGAUCCGUCUGUAGAGAUCACGCAGGAUCCCAUCGACGAGUCGGAGGAGGAGCGCUUUGAGGAGAUUCCUGAGACGAGCCACGCGGUGGAGCUUCCCGCCUGCGAGCUCCCGCGCCUGGAGGAGAUCGCCGACCUGGUGACCUCUGUCCUGUCCUCCCCGAUCCGCAGGGAGAAGCUGGCGCUGGCGCUGGUGAGCGACGGCUACAUGCAGAGGCUGCUGCAGCUCUUCAGGACGUGCGAGGAGCUGGGCGAGCACGAAGGUCUGCGCCACCUCUACGAGAUCGUACGCGGAGCGCUGUUCCUCAACAAAGCGGCGCUGUUCGAGGUCAUGUUCUCGGACGAGUGCAUCAUGGACGUGGUGGGCUGCCUGGAGUACGACCCGGCGCUCGUCCAGCCCAGGAGGCACCGCGACUUCCUCACCAACACGGCUCGCUUCAAGGAGGUGAUCCCCAUCACAGACUCGGAGCUCAGGCAGAAGAUCCACCAGACCUACCGCGUGCAGUACAUCCAGGACAUCAUCCUGCCCACACCCUCCGUCUUCGAGGAGAACUUCCUCUCCACGCUCACAUCCUUCAUCUUCUUCAACAAGGUGGAGAUCGUCAGCAUGCUGCAGGAGGACGAGAAAUUCCUGACCGAGGUGUUUGCUCAGCUCACAGAUGAAGCCACGGAAGACGGGAAAAGGAGAGAGCUGGUCAACUUCUUCAAAGAGUUCUGCGCUUUUUCACAAACGCUUCAACCGCAGAACAGAGACGCUUUUUUCAAGACGUUGGCGAAUCUAGGAAUUUUACCUGCGCUGGAAAUUAUUAUGGGGAUGGACGACCUGCAGGUGAGAGCCGCAGCCACGGAUAUCUUCUCCUACCUGGUCGAGUUCAGUCCAUCCAUGGUGCGAGAGUUUGUGAUGCAGGAACCACAGCAGGCCGAAGACGACGAUGUUCUGCUGAUAAACCUGGUGAUAAAGCAGAUGAUCUGCGACUCGGACCCUGAGCUGGGCGGAGCCGUGCAGCUCAUGGGGCUCCUCCGUACCCUCAUCGACCCCGAGAACAUGCUGGCUCCCACCAACAAAACGGAGAAGACGGAGUUCCUCAGCUUUUUCUACAAGUACUGCAUGCAUGUUCUCACCGCGCCGCUGCUGGCCAACACGGCAGAGGAGAGAAAAGAUUUACCAGAAGGAUCUACGAAAGUAAAGCCCGUUUGUCCAGAUAAUUUCCAGACGGCUCAGCUUCUCGCGCUGAUCCUGGAGCUGCUAACGUUCUGCGUGGAGCACCACACGUACCACAUAAAGAACUACAUCAUGAAUAAGGACCUGCUGCGGAGAGUGCUGGUGCUCAUGAACUCCAAACACACCUUCCUCGCCCUCUGUGCCUUGCGUUUCAUGAGGAGAAUAAUAGGACUGAAGGAUGAGUAUUAUAACCGCUACAUCAUUAAAGGGAACCUGUUUGAGCCCGUCAUCAACGCUCUGCUGGACAACGGGACGAGAUAUAAUCUCCUCAACUCGGCCAUCAUCGAGCUCUUUGAGUUCAUCAGAGUGGAGGAUAUAAAGUCGCUCAUCGCUCACAUCGUCGACAAUUUCUACAAAGCACUAGAGUCCAUUGAAUACGUUCAGACGUUCAAAGGCCUGAAGGGUCGCUACGAGCAGGAGAAGAACAGACAGAGCCGAGGACUCAGCAGAUAUCGCCGUGAUGCCCGGUCUGUCGAGGACGACGAAGAGAUUUGGUUCAACGAAGAAGAAGACGAAGACGAGACGGACGCAGGGGUCGAGAAGAGAGUUGAGGAAGACUUUCCGGAAAGCUACGGAAAGUUUAUGGGGGCCAAAAAAGUUAAAGAAAGCGAGGACAAAGAGAACCUCCCGAAGCGGACGCAGUCCGGCGGCUUUAAGUUCACCUUCUCGCAUUCUGCAGCCGCCGCCAACGGAAACAACGACAAACCGGCGCCGUCCGCGUCCCCCGCCAGUCCGAACGGCUCCUCGGCCAAGGGGGCGACAGUGACCUCUACACCAGUGGUCAAGGCGGGACUGGUCGGUCUCGUGGACUACCCCGACGACGAAGACGAGGAAGGAGAAGACGACGAGGACGAGGAGGACGAUCUGGCUCCACGAAAGCGUCCCCGUCUGGGCUCGUAAAAACGCGUCAACAAUCCCACGGUGCCGAAGAGUCCCAGAUUUAGGGGAGCUUGAGGAUUAGGACACGACUCGAACUCUCCUGCUUCAGCACAACCAUCAGACACGAGCACCAGAGCAGCCGAGCCACGCCGAGGUCACGCGAUCCCUCUCCGUUUUCUUUCCUUUUCCUCGUGAUCCGGACGUGCCGAGCUGUACGAGCGGGAAUGCCGAACUUCAUCACAGCUGGAGCUUUUUUUCACCAGAGAGCCGUUCAGCCUAGCAGGACUAGCUACUUAGAAAUAGAAGACUGAUUGGCUGAGCCUACUGAUCUGGUCGGGUUGAGGGAACAAGAUUAAAUAAGUGUGGGGAGGGGGGGAAAGACCAAAAUAAAAAAAAAUUAAGCUCAGAAAGGGUCUGAGGAGCAGGACUUGGAUGUUGUCUGUGUCCUUGACUUGAAACUAGAACCUCACGUUCAUGAAUUUAUUACCAGUAGUUGUACAGCAGUACUAUUUUCCCCCCUUUUUAAUUGUUGACUUCUUCAGUGGUGUUUUUUUUAAAGAUUAAAAUGCCAGUGUAUAAUGUUCUCCUCCUCUAUUGGCACGCAUUAACGCGGGGCGAUCGUUUACCCUUUUUUAAUCAAAUUUGUUUUAUUCGUUGGAGAAAACUUCAGUUGAAGAAGUUGUGAUGCUGAUUUUAAUAACGUAUAUUAAACAUGUAUUAAACUGCAGUAAAGUCCUUUUGCAGAUGAACGGAACAUGUCCGAGCGUGUCUGUGUUACGUCUGUUCAGUGAACGAAGACUUCUCGGAGGAGUGCAGGCUCAGCUCCUCAGCGAUGGAUUUGUGAUCAGAUGCAAUGUAUCACCAGCACACAGUGUUUUUUUUCUUUUCUUUUUUCUUUUUAAAAAAAAAAAAAACAAAAACAAACAAGCCAUAUAAGGCAGUUCCUGACACUGUUUCAGUUUCUUAGUUUGCAAUUAAACGAGAAUUUGCAGAUAAAUUUCACCGGGCAGCUGGAAAGGUCAUCCAAGCAUCUCAGUUUGACCAGGAAGCCAGUGACGUAGAACAACUGACAUACCUUCUAGGUUGAGUAUUGAAGGCUUUGGUUUUGUUUUUCUCCAUGGAUUUUUGUUGAUUACCAUAACCUCCACAAAAAUUGUAUACAUUUCAUAUGUGAUGAUUUUGGAUUAAAUUGGCCUUAAAACAAGUGGACUAGUUUAAUCAAGAUUUCUUAUUAUGUACCUUAGAGGUGCACGUUGUAAAGUGUUUCUAAAUCUCUAAUGAUCAUAGAAGGAUAAAGAAACCUAAGAAGAAUUCUGAUAAUGAAAUGGAAUACAUAUGGUGAAUUUCAUCAUUUCAGGUAUCUGUUAAGAUCAUUUCAGGCCCAGAAAUAAACUUCGCCUACCAAACAGUCCCUGAAGCAGAGAUGGAGAAAGAUUGUCUGUUUUUGUUGGUCUACAUUUGGGCUAAAGGAGACUGUGUGUAAACGAAACUAUCCAUUUUCCCCACAGCUUCAUGCUUGAAUUGGAAGCUGAGCCUACCACCUGAAUAAAAGUAUUUCUAUAUCA